AUGGGAGUCGGACGUCGUAUGAAGAAACAGGGCCCUCCGCCCCCUCUCGAUGAGGCCAAGUUUGCAGCAAUGAAGAAGCGCAAGGCUGGUGAGGCGGAAUCGGCUGCCAAAGCCGUCGAGGCUAAGAAGCGGAGGAGGGCUGAGGCCGAGGAAGAGGUUGCAACCAAGAAGGCCGCUUCCAAGAAGGCCAAGGUUAAUGCUGCUGCUGCAAGUGCUCCUGCAAAGACUGAGAAGAAGAAGGCGACCCCUGAAAAGAAGGAAAAGAAGGAAAAGAAGAAGGCUGUCCCAGUGCCCAUGUCAGACUCGGAGGACGAAGACGAAGAGAUGCUGGACGACGAAUUUGACGAUCUCGAUGGAGUUAGUGACGGAUCAAUCGAUAGCCAAGAUGAAAUCGAUGGACUUGAGAACGAUGAAGAUUCAGUCAUGGACUCUGACGAGGAGAAUCACCCGCGCGAGGCCAUGUUUUCUGACGAUGAGGAUCUGUCCGAUGCCGAAGAGAGACUUACUGCUGCCAACAUUGAGGGUCUUUCUCGUAAGCUUGAUGCCGCUAAGCAACUGGAGGAUGAGGAAGCCGAGCAAGAAAUGCAGGAUGCUAUGCAGACAAAUAUCUCCGGUGAUCGUCCCGAUGUUUUCAACGAGGUUGGCCAACCAGGCCUUGCUCCCGACCUGCAAUUGCUGCGCCAACGUAUCACCGACACUAUCCGUAUCCUGGGUGACCUGAAGGGUCUCGGUCAGCCUGAAAAAUCCCGUACCGACUACGUUGACCUUGUUCUCAACGACAUUUGCACUUACUAUGGUUAUACCCGAUACCUCGCCGAGAAGUUGUGGAACCUGUUCACACCCAUGGAAGCCUUUGCUUUCUUCGAAGCUAACGAAACCCCGCGUCCGGUCGUCAUCCGUACCAACACCCUGCGAACCAACCGUCGAUCCCUCGCCCAAGCCCUCAUCAACCGCGGUGUUGUGCUCGAGCCCGUUGGCAAGUGGUCCAAGGUUGGUUUGCAGGUCUUCGAGUCUGCUGUUCCUCUUGGUGCCACCCCCGAGUACCUUGCAGGUCACUACAUUCUGCAGGCAGCCUCUUCUUUCCUGCCCGUCAUGGCAUUGGCUCCCCAGCCCAACGAACGUGUCCUUGAUAUGGCAGCUGCUCCCGGUGGUAAGACAACCUACAUGUCUGCGCUGAUGCGUAAUACUGGAUGCGUUAUCGCCAACGAUGCCAGCAAGCCCCGUGCUAAGGGUUUGAUUGGUAACAUUCACCGUCUCGGCUGUAAGAACUGCAUUGUCACCCACCUCGACGCCCGUACCGCCUUCCCCAAGGCUAUGGGUGGAUUUGACCGCGUACUUCUCGAUGCUCCUUGCACCGGUACUGGUGUCAUCUCCAAGGAUGCAGGUGUCAAGACUUCCAAGAACGAACGCGAUUUCCUGGCCAUUCCCCACAUGCAACGCCAACUGCUCCUCGCAGCCAUCGACUCAGUGGACCACUCAUCUAAGACAGGUGGCUACCUCGUCUACUCCACUUGCAGUGUGACUGUAGAGGAGAACGAGGCCGUUGUGCAGUACGUCCUGCGCAAGCGUCCCAACGUCAAGAUCGUCGACACAGGUCUGGGUGGCUUCGGUAGCCCCGGUUUCACUAGCUACAUGGGCAAGAAGUUCGAUGCCAAGAUGGCCCUUACUCGCCGCUACUUCCCUCACCGCGAGAACGUCGACGGUUUCUAUGUCUGCAAGCUGAAGAAGACUGGUCCCACUCCUGUUGUUAAGGAAGGUGAGAAGACAGCUACAAGCACCGGAUCCAACUCCGCUCGCCGCGCUAGUACCACUGAAGACGAGGUUAUUGACCGCACUCCUAUCCUUAACGAUGAUGGUACCACCGUUGACCUCGAGGGAGGCGCCUUCGAGUCUUUCGAUGCCGAGGCUGACUCUGAGCGCAUGCUCCGUGCUGAGCGUAACCGUCUCCGUCGCAAGGGUCUUAACCCCAAGGGAGUCUUGAAUAAGCCAAAGAAGAACAAGGAUGAGGCGUCUGAAUCGACCGAACCAUCCCAGGAGAAGGAAGAAAAGAAGACUGAAGCGAAGAAGAUUGAGGCCCAAGCCGAGAAGAAGGGAAAGAAGGAAAAGAAGGCUGAGGUUGAGGAGAAGUCCACUGAAGCCAAAGCCGAGAAGAAAGACAAGAAGGAAAAGAAAGAGAAGAAGCCUGAGGUGGUGAAGAAGUCUUCUACUGAGGAGAAGACUGAGAAAAAGGCUGCUCCAAAGGGCGAUAAGAAGGAAAAGAAAUCCAAGAAGUCGAGCAAAUGA